GCUGCAGAGAGUGUGGAGUUUGAGCAGAGGCAAUCAAACGCUUUCAAGAAGGGACCAUUUCUGUGGUGUACUCCAACUUUAAAAACCUUGCUUUAGCAACUAGAAAGGGCAGCCGGUGGAGGACAUGUCUCUGCAUUUGGUGUCAGUCGUUAACAGUGCCAGCUUGAUCCACCCUGGGUUCUCCCUGAUGAACUUUGAUGGAGAUGUGUUCCUGUUUGGUCAGAAGGGCUGGCCCAAGCGCUCUUGCCCCACAGGUGUAUUCAAUGUCCGACACAAACAAGGAGAACUGAAGCUGCGCCCAGUCUCCUUUUGCAAUGACUCCUGCUACCUGCCUCCCUUGCGAUGCCCAGCUGUGACCCAACUGGCACCUGAAAACCCUUGUGAAAAAGAGCAAUACCUCAUCCACGGUGGCAAGACUCCCAACAAUGAACUUUCUGACCAUCUCUACAUUAUGUCUCUGGAAAGCCGAGGUUCUAACAAAAAGGUCACCCUCCAGUGUGAGGAGAAAGAGCUGGUGGGAGAGAUUCCAGAGGCCCGCUAUGGCCACACAAUCAACAUGGUUUACAGCCACGGGAAAAGGGCCUGUGUGCUCUUUGGAGGUAGGUCCUACAUGCCUCCUGGGCAGAGGACCACAGAAAACUGGAACAGCAUGAUUGACUGCUCUCCCCACGUCUAUCUCAUCGACCUUGAUUUUGGCUGCUGCACUUCCUAUACUUUGCAGGAGUUGACAGAUGGACAGUCCUUUCAUGUAUCCCUCUCCAGAAAGGACUCGGUCUACCUCCUAGGUGGUCACACCCUGGCCAGCAACUCCCGCCCUCCUCGGCUAUUCAGGCUGCGAGUGGAACUCCUGCUCGGCAGCCCGGCACUCAGCUGCGAGAUCUUGCCCUAUGGCCUCUCCCUAACCAGUGCCAUUGUGACACGACUGGGUCCAGACUAUGAGUUUGUCAUAAUAGGGGGCUACACAUCAGAAAGCCACAAACGGUUUGAGUGCAACACAGUGGUCCUGGACGACAACGGGAUCCAUAUAAUGACAAGAGAAACUCCUGAGUGGACCGGAGAGAUCAGGCAGAGCAAGACUUGGUUUGGAGGCAGCAUGGGUGAAGGAUCAGUGCUCAUGGGAGUUCCUGCAGAAGGGAGGCAAGCUUUAUCAGAGUCCAACUACUUCUAUAUUGUCAAAUUUAGGCAAGAAGAGGAGCUUGGACAGACCUGCAGCCAAGAGUCUACUGACCAAGAACAAGAGGACUCUGCCCCAUUGGAAGACUCAGAAGAGUUCUACUUCAGUAGAGAGGCUGACGAAUUACAGGAUGAUGAUGUAGAUGAUGACACCUACAAUGAAGAAGAUGAGGAAGAUGAAUCCCAGACAGGUUACUGGGUCAAGUGCUGCCUAAGAUGCCAGGUGGACAUUAAUACCUGGGUCCCCAACUAUUCCACUGAGCUCAACAAGCCUGCCAUGAUCUUCUGCUCCAAGGGAGAGGAAGGCCACUGGGUCCAUGCCCUGUGCAUGGAUCUCUCAGAGGAUCUUCUGGUCUGCCUCUCCCAGGAGAAUACCAAGUACUUCUGUAUGGAUCACAUGGAAGUGGUUCAGGGGCUGCAAACACCUCAGCAAAAGCUGCUGCCACUCAAAAACCCACCAAUGAAGAACCAGCACCGAAAGGUACCCGUCAAGCUGAAGAUGUCCCCAGCCAAGAAAUCUUUCAUCAGAAGGCUGUUUGAAUGACCUGUGUAUGCAGAAGACGGUUGACCUUACUACUGUAAUUAUGAUGUAAACUCAUCAUUGCUUUAAAAAAUAAUUCCCUCUACUAAAUAUGUAAUCUGUUUUGUGAACACUUAU